AGCCGCUGCAGCAUCCGAGCCCGGUGUCUCCUGGAUGGAUCCGUGAAGAAAGCACUCCCUUCCCGCGGCACGGCACUCUCCCCCCGCCACGAUGGACCCCCGGCUAGUAACUGCGUUGUUGUGUUGACAUUCGGGUUAUUUCAGCAAUCAAAUAUGAAUCAUGCAUUUGAUAUUUCUGACCACUUUGCUCGUCAGCGUCCUUUCGCACUGGCUUCCUCCAUCACGGGCUUCAUCCGUUUCUCAAGGAGUAGAGGACAAGGUUGAGAGGGACGCAGUGACAGCGCUGCUGAAGCAACAGGCAACUGCAGCACCUGCCACAGAGAGCACAACACAUCAUGCAGCAGAGCAGACGAUCACAUACCCUUCGCGGUUGAUCUACUACCUGAACGAGGACUCGGAGAGCACCUAUCAUGACCUGAACACCCAAGCAAGGAACCAACCCACAGAGGGCCAGACAGUCCACCUCGCCCAAGCCAGUUUUCAGUUAGAGGCAUUUGGCUCCAGAUUUGUUCUGGAUAUAACACUAAACAAUGACUUGCUGUCGUCGGAUUAUGUUGAGAUCCACUAUGAAGAUGGGAAACCCGUUCAGACCAAGGGCGGUGAGCACUGUUACUACCACGGCCAGGUGAGAGGCAGCGAUAACUCCCACGUGGCCUUAUCUACCUGCAACGGGUUGCACGGGAUGUUUGACGAUGGAGUCCAUGUGUAUCUAAUCGAGCCCUCACACCAGACACAUUCAAUCGAUACAGGUGCGAGGCCUCACAAGCUCAGACGAACAGGCUCCGUUCAGAAGGACGAUGACUCAGAUGAACAGGUGGAGGAGGAGCAGCUCUUCUCGGAGCUGGAUGAGCUGUCCUGGCUGAGGCGCAGGAAAAAGCGGGCAAUGCCUCGCAGUGUGUUUGAAGAGAUGAAGUAUUUGGAAGUCAUGAUUGUCAACGACUACAAUAUGUUCAAACGACACAAGAACAAGCAGCACACGCGAAAUUUUGCCAAGUCAGUUGUGAAUCUUGUGGAUGGUAUAUUCAAAGACCAGCUGCACACACGUGUGGUGCUCGUUGGUGUGGAGGUCUGGACGGACAAAGAUCGCAUCCCCAUAAGCGUGAAGCCGCUGGAGACGUUGCAAGACUUCUCCAAGUACCGGCAGCAAAACAUCAAGAUCCAUGCUGACUCCGUGCAGCUCCUCUCAAACGUGACCUUCCACUACCGCAGAAGCAGCAUCGCUUACUUCGGCGGCAUGUGCUCUGAGAACCGUGGAGUCGGGGUCAAUGAGUACGGCAACGCCUGGUCCAUGGUAGUCACCCUCUCCCAGAGCCUGGCACAGAACCUGGGCAUCCAGUGGGACCCGGCAUCCAAGAGAAAGGAAUGUGGUUGUGCUGCAUCAUGGAGUGGCUGCAUCAUGGAGGACACUGGAGUCCAGCACCCACAGAGAUUCUCCAAAUGCAGCAUCACAGACUACAAGGAGUUCCUUUUGAAAGGCGGGGGCUCGUGUCUCUUUAACAGACCAAAAAAGCUGUUCGACGCUGCACAUUGUGGAAAUGGGUUCAUAGAAACGGGAGAAGAUUGUGACUGCGGACUGAGAUCAGAUUGCUACAAAGAAUGCUGCAAGAAAUGUUCCCUGGCUAAUGGAGCCCAUUGCAGUGAUGGGCCCUGCUGCAAUAACACGUGUCUGUUCUACCCGCGAGGUUACAGCUGCCGCUAUGCUGUGAACGAUUGUGACAUAUCAGAGACCUGCUCUGGAGAUUCUGGACAGUGUCCACCCAAUCUUCAUAAACAAGACGGUUACGUUUGUCACUUAAACCAGGGCCGCUGCUACAGUGGAGAAUGCAAGACCAGAGAGAACCAGUGUAAAUACAUCUGGGGAUCAAAGGCUGGAGGCUCUGAGAAGUUCUGCUACGAGAAGCUGAACACCGAGGGUACAGAGAAAGGCAACUGUGGGAAGGAUGGAGACAAAUGGCUCCAGUGUAGCAAACAUGACGUGUUCUGUGGUUAUCUUUUGUGUACCAACGUGGGGCGGAUCCCACGCAUUGGCAUGAUGAAAGGAGAUGUGACCCCUACCUCCUUCAGUCACCAAGGCAACGUGAUACAGUGCACUGGUGCCCAUGUCCUUUUGGAUGAUGAGACUGAUUUAGGCUACGUGGAGGACGGGACUCCCUGUGGGCCGUCGAUGAUGUGCCUUGACCACAAGUGUCUGCCCAUCCAGUCCCUCAACCUGAGCACCUGCCCCAUCGGACAUAACGGACAGGUGUGCUCUGCCCAUGGGGUGUGCAACAAUGAAGCCACGUGCACCUGUGACACCACCUGGGCGGGGACGGACUGCAGCAUGCCUGACCCGCCUAAGGAGCCCGAUGUCACUCCAGAUGAGGAACCCAAGGGUCCUAGUGCCACCAAUCUAAUAAUAGGCUCCAUCGCCGGAGCCAUCCUUGUGGCUGCCAUAGUGCUGGGGGGGACUGGAUGGGGCUUUAAAAAUGUGAAGAAGCGGCGAUACGACCCCAACGCCUCAGCCAUUUAACCGGAAGGGAGAUGGCACAAAUGCAGGGGGACUCUUCCAAAGCUUCCUUAGUUGGCUACCUGACAGCUGGACUGCACUUAACUGCUGCUGAUUUUUUGCAUUAGGUUUACUUGAAAAAGACAUAGUGGACAUUUUAACAAAUUCCAUUGUAGUGACAUUAUAAAUGCAGCCUUUUUCAAUCCCACUCCUCUCAUGUAACACCUCGUCCCUCCCCACUCCCACACCUCUACCCUGACCUCUACAGAGUGACAGAGCUUCUCUCCCGUCCUUUAGUGCCAGUGCACAGGCGUUCAGGCGGAAUCCACACCAUCUUCUCACCUGGCAUGAUUAUACACAAAGUCUGCUGCUUGCUCGCCCCCCCCCCGCCCCCAUGGCAUGGAGAGCCCCUUCUGCAGGGCUCGGCAUGGCUACCAAAGCUCUGAGUAUAUCACACACAAAAAAAACAUACAAAGAAAAAAAGAAAAAGAAGAUUCAAGUGCAGGAGAAAGCCUUGUUUAUAUUAAAAAAGAGAGGACACAUGAGGACAUUACAGACCAGAUGAUAACUGCACAAACACAAAAAAAAUGUACAUUAUUAAGGAGUUCAGGUUUGCAUUUAACAACACAUUUCACAAGGACCUCAACUGCUUUUAUUUCCUGUCUUAGCACGUUGUAUAGCGGAUAUUUUUGGAAACGCUGAUGAACAAAAAUUGAAACUACAAUUAGGGUCUAAAGGAUUUCAGCAGACGCCGCAAGUUAGAGUUGCUGCAGAGCGGUUGUGCUGUGGAGGAGAAGCCUCUCCGAGCAUCUCCGACGGCCACUCAAAAGCCAAAGAACCAAUCACCUGAACACAUGGAUGUUGUUGCACACAGAGCACUUUCCCCCUCCUCUGUCUGCAGCCAGCGGUGCCUCUCGUACCGCUGAGGGCGUGCAGGCGUUGCACCUGCCAGGCCAGGGUUCUCUAAAAACUCCAUGUCAGCACCCACUACACUGGCUUUUACCUUUUGCUCUCAUAAACUCUUAGUAUAAAAUCAAGUUCAGCUCUUCUGGUAACGCUGCAUGCAAUCACUAUAGCGGGCUUAUUAAUUCUAUACGGGAGUCCCCAAAAUCUGCAAGAAAAAUACGCUAGAAAAAGAUAGGUGCAUGUCAACAACGAGAACAUUUAACUUUUAUUUACUAUGCAAAGAGAGAUAUUGCACAAAAGUAUGGGUAAUAGCGACAUCAAUGUAUACUUUAAAUUACAAAAUCCUAUGCUGAUCAGCUAAACUUUUGUAUUUGGCCACUUCUAUGUCUCCUUUCAUUUUGCUUCAAGCUGUGAGUGGACAUAUAAAUUCAAACGAAAGAUCAAUUGUAAAAAAAAAAAGGUAAAUCAGCAUUUCCAAUGAAAAGACAGAGAGCACCCUUUUGCAUAUGUGGAACUGAGAAUCCUUUUUGUGUGUUUUCCAUCCAGUCCUGAUAUUUUUAAUCACACACUCACAUACAUAUACACACAUUCUGGUGCCUGUACAUACCGAGGCCUGAACAGUUUCCUCGUGCAGGGCUAGCAUUCCCAGUCCAGCUGAUAGUUGGUGUGUUCCAGGUGCUGCCAUAGCACUGGCAUUGUUGUAAUCCUCCACGUUUCUCAUCGUCUGGUGUCCCUCUCUCACUGCAUCAUGUACAGUUGGACCCAUUAAUAAACUAC